GGCCACCUGUUGCCAUGAAGACUCUAUACAACUCUGUCUGCAGUUGUAGCAUGCUGCCAAAAGCCUGUAAAGCCAGCAGCACAGUGUCAGAGAUCCCUGUACUUCAGCCUGGGCUCUGCAGAUGGAGAACUACCUGACCGUCUGUCACAACCUCAAUUCUCCUCCGAUACAGGUCUAACGUUAAAUCCGGAGAACGAGUCUGCUUCAGACACCGAGGCUUCAACCGGACCAGAGGACUUGGGUUUUGCCGUGGUGUGCAGUCUCUUUGCUCUCUGUGUCUCCUCAGCUGUUGAGCAGCAUGACUUGGUUUACAUUUCCUGCUGACAACCUGCUGUGCAGGUGUCUUGGCAUCUCCAUCACUGUGUGGUUGACUAUUUUGUUUGCCUUCAUAAUUGUGCCAGCUGUACUUGGGGUCUCUCUUGGUAUCCGCAGACUCUACAUGAGGACACUUCUCAAGAUCUUUGAGUGGGCGACCUCACGAAUGGAGAUGGGAGCAAAGGAAAAGAAUCAGCAACUCUAUAAACCAUAUAGUUAUGGAAUCAUAGCCAAAGAACCACUAUUGUCUUGGCAGCAGGAGAUCCAGGAGCUCCGGGGCUCUGCCAGCUGUCUGCGCUCAGAGCCGGAGUUUGAGAUGACUGACAUCUUCUACUUCUGCCGCAGAGGUGUGGAGAGCAUCGUGGAUGAUGAGGUGACCAAGCGCUUUUCGGCCCAGGAACUGGACAGCUGGAACUUGCUGACUCGAAGCGACUACAACUUCCGUCAUAUAAGUCUGAGACUUACUGUCCUGUGGGGCCUGGGAGUCCUCAUCCGCUACGGCGUCCUGCUGCCUCUCAGAGUUACUCUGGCAGUCACUGGCAUUGGUCUACUUAUAGUCCUGACUACUUUGGUGGGCUUUUUACCAAAUAGAGAGUUAAGGUCCUUCCUGAGCGAGAAGGUUCAUCUGAUGUGCUACCGCAUCUGUGUUAGAGCUCUCACAGCAAUCAUCACCUAUCAUAACAGAGAGAACAAACCAAAGAAUGGCGGUAUCUGUGUGGCCAAUCACACAACACCCAUUGAUGUCAUCAUCUUGGCCAAUGAUGGCUGCUACUCUUUGGUCGGCCAGAUGCAUGGAGGGUUGAUGGGAAUGAUGCAGCGAGCCAUGGUCAAAUCCUCUCCUCACAUCUGGUUUGAAAGAUCAGAAGUCAAAGACAGACACCUAGUGGCCAAAAGGCUUGGCGAUCAUGUUGCUGACAAAACCAAACAGCCCAUCCUUAUCUUCCCUGAGGGUACUUGCAUCAACAACACAUCAGUGAUGAUGUUCAAAAAGGGCAGCUUUGAAAUUGGCUGCACUGUCUAUCCAGUUGCCAUUAAGUAUGAUCCACAGUUCGGGGAUGCUUUCUGGAACAGCAGUAAGUUUGGCAUGGUGAAUUAUCUGCUGAGGAUGAUGAGCAGCUGGGCCAUUGUCUGCAGCGUUUGGUACCUACCCCCAAUGAACAUAGAGGAGGGGGAGGAUGCAGUGCAGUUUUCCAAUAGAGUGAAAGCAGCAAUAGCUGUAAAAGGAGGGUUAGUGGAUCUCAUAUGGGACGGAGGGCUGAAACGAGGAAAAGUGAAAGAUGCUUUUAAAGAAGAGCAGCAGAAACUUUACAGUAAAGUUCUUGUAGGUGAGCAGGACCAGGGGGACCAAAGUGACGACAAACAUUUAGAGGAUGAAAAUCCAGCGGCGGAUAAAAGCAAUCAAGAUUCAACAAAAGGACAAUGAGGACACAGUAAAAGUAUGGCAGCAUGUAUUUUUCUUUUACACAACGUUAUAAGUGCAGACUCUUUCAACUUGUAACAAUAAAAGAGUAUGUUUUGAUAUUUAUGUUUUUAUCAGUGUAAAAUCUAUAUUUAUUAAUAUUGUUUGUAUGAUGUGAAAAUUGGAGAAUUGUUACACUUACAGUACAGAAAGGUCAAACAGUGAGAGAUUAUACAAAUGCUAAUAGGGCACUUUGUUUUUUUUUAACUAAUUAUUAAUUUUUCUGCUUCCUUUUUAUUGCCAUGUGAAACUUGCCAACUUGUGUAUCUGAUUAAAACAUUCUCCUCUAAAACACUGA